AUACGAGUAUUAUCAAAGAAAAGCAAGCCAAUGAAAAAGCAGAUUCUCUCAAUGAUAGAGUUAUCUUUAACAAUUAAGAUGAUACUACAUGCACUUUACUACAUUAAAUAUUGUUUGGUGCAACAGCAACAAGCACCUAUGGUGAACCUCAAAACCAACUGUAUACUGCUAUCACUCCAACACGUUACGUGCAAUUAAUUAAUCCUUCAACUAAAUUUAUUUAUUAAAACAACACUAGCUAGCUUCACACUCCAAAAAAAUCAAACACUACUAAAAUCAUGAAACUUCCCAUUCUUGUUGCUGUCGCAGCAACAACAUCACUCGUUGCAUUUUUCAUCAUCGGAUUCUUAAUCUUCCGGUGUCUAAAAAAACCUACACCAAGAAACAACAAAACUCAAGAACACCAAAACACAUGUCUUCACUUUUCCAUCGAAGAAAUAAGAACCGCCACCAAAAACUUCAACGACAGUUUAAUCAUCGGCAACGGAGGAUUCGGAAACGUUUACAAAGGACACAUUGAAAGAUGUCACGCGCCGGUUGCCAUUAAGCGGCUUAAACCGGGUUCAGAUCAAGGCGCACAUGAGUUCCGAACCGAAAUUGAAAUGCUUUCGCGGUUUCGUCACCCUCACUUGGUUUCUCUCAUUGGUUACUGUAACGAAGGUGGAGAAAUGAUUCUUGUUUAUGAUUUCAUGGCGCGUGGUACUUUACGGGAUCAUAUCUACGGUUCUAAAAGCCCGCUAACGUGGAAUCAACGGCUUGAAAUUUGUCUUGGUGCAGCUCGUGGGAUUCACUUUCUCCAUGCGGGGGAUAAUGAUAACAAACGGAUGGUUAUUCACCGGGACGUGAAGAGUACGAAUAUUCUUUUGGAUGAGAAUUGGGUUGCGAAGGUUUCGGAUUUCGGGUUAUCGAAAGAUGGGCCGAACGGGUCGACCCAUGUUACAACUGAUGUGAAAGGUAGUAUCGGGUAUUUGGAUCCUGAAUAUUAUGUGAGUCAAUGGUUGAGUCAAAAAUCUGACGUGUACUCUUUUGGUGUGGUUUUGUUGGAGGUAUUGUGUGGAAGAGCACCUAUUAAGAGUACGGUGGACAAGCGUGAGGAGAUUUUGGUGGCUUGGUUUAAGAAGUGUUUUGAUGAAGGGAAAGUUGAUCGAACGGUAGAUCCUGUUUUGAAGGGAACGAUUAAGAUGAAGUGUUUGAUGAAAUUUGUUGAAGUUGCGUUGAGUUGUUUGCAUCAUCAUGGAAAGCAACGGCCUUUGAUGAGAGAUGUUGUGAUGGGGUUGGAGUGUGCGUGGAAUUUGCAACAUAGUGGGGCCCAUGUUAAGGGAAAGGGAAAGAGUGAGGAGGAGAAGGAAAUUGGGUUGAAGGAAAUUGAGGGUGAGAGUAGUAGUAGUAGCAAGGGCACGACAAUAACAUCAACAUGCAGUGAGGAGCAGCAAGCUUUGGUGAUGGCUGGGGUGUACCAUGAGAGCUUGGAUAUCCCAUAGCAUUGUAGGAUCGGGAUUCCGUCUUGUGGGAGUUUCCCAUAGUAAUCAAUCUCAGCUAUUAAAUUUAGAUUAGGCGAUUCUAAUUAAGUAUAUAGUUAAAUAAUUUUAUCCGUUGAUUUAUAUCGGACAGUCCACAACUGUAAUUGUGUCAAACAAUUACGGCAGAAAAUCAAUUUCAAGUAUUGUAAAGGUUGUGAUGAUCUCAUAGCGUCUUCUCAUGUGUAUAUACACUACUAGGCAGUGUGCUUGAUAAGAUAUUUUAGGUUUUAGCUCAUUUAUGUAUGUUCGGUUAAGAUAUGGUGUAGACGAUACUAAUCCCGUCAUUGAAUGUGGAUUCAAUUAGUAAGACAUUUUUUUUGAAA